AUGGAGGGCGGGAUUUUCGGCCUGGGGGGUGUAGCUGACAAGUCGGUCACACUUGCAUGGUAUUUCCAGGGCAUCAGCUGCUCACUCUCGCCCGUGCUGGCGAGCGCUGCACAGGUGUUACCCUCCAGCAUCCCAAAGCGGAACGAGGUCAUCGCUGAUCUUUUCCCGUUCAAGGACUCACAUCAGUGGCUCGCGGGAGAAGUUGUACGGCACUUCGGCGCAGCUGAGGACAUUCCGAAGCAAACGAGCAGAAGAUCCAAGCCCCGGGCUUUGCUUUUGACCAUGUCUCAUGUUGUCGCAAGUAUAGUUGUGCCUUCCACCGCGGAGCGAGAGUGUCCGUUCGUCCGUUUGUUUGUCUGUCUGUUUGCGUGCGUGUGUCUCUUGGUGGCUGGGUGGCGGGGUGGGAGGGUCGGUGGAUGA